GGCGAAGAGAUUUAUUCUACCGACAUAUUAGACUCGCCCAAAGCAUCAGAAGCGUCAGUAUUAAAGGACGUCGAACUCUACAAUAUAAACGCUACGGUAUUUCAGUUCGACUCAAAGUUGCGAUGUCAAGUAUCUGCCUACAACGAAAGCGGUACAUUUAAACUUAAGACUGUGGAAAGUAACGAAUUUGUACCAAUGACAAUUUCAUCGACAUCAAUUACAUUUUCGCGAGGACAAAGUGCGUCAUUUACUGUAAAUCUGUAUGUUCCGUUUGGUUGUGGUACAAAGUCCAGAGACUGUCAACUUCAGUACCUUCUACAUGACCCAUCUGACCCCUAUGAUUGCAUGGAUUCGACAAUUGCAGUGUUGCACGGUGAUACUUGCGGUGGCCGUAUAGAAGGGUCAACCAAAACUGACAUGGAGACUUUUGCUUUACCGAAAUAUGAAACAACAAUAACAAUACUCGCAAAAAACAACAAUAAUUAUAACUUAAAAAGGGAUUUUGAGUUGAAGCUCAGAACAUUCUCGGACGACAAUCUAAAGAACCUUUGGCAAGGGUUUACCAUCACAAUAGAAGUACAUGUAACUGAUGACCAUUUGAUUCAACAUAGUCCUUGCUAUUCUCACGUCGAUCCGCAUAUGGGGACUUUUGAUGGACGCUGGUACGAAAACCAAAAUUCCGGCGAAUUCAUCCUCGUCCGUCACAAGAAAUAUCCCAUCGAAGUCGACAUGAUAACACAGCCUUGUUCCAAUUGGGGUCCAAUACCAACAUGUGCUUGCGCCGUUAAUGUAAGAGCCGGAGGUGAUAUAUUCACCAUAAACCAUUGCAGCGGACACCUAACAAAAUAUCUAUCCAAUAAGGAUCAAGCACUGAAAGUGUACCGAGAAAGUUCUUCGGAAUAUAAGAUUAUCCUGCCCACCGGCAUGUCUGUGAACAUAUACUUGAUGACAUGGGGGUAACUACGUAAUGAAUGUUGACAUUUAUCCGUCACCACAUGAUUUCAAUCAGGUUGAAGGAUUGUGUGGAAAUUAUAACGGCAAUCCAGUCGAUGAUUUUAUUAUGCGAGACAGCGGUACUUUGUGGACACCAAGUUCGGAUAAUUCUGACAGAGUCUGGCCUUGGGCUGUGUACCCGGAUGAAUUUUCUUUCUCAUGGGACCUUACUCACAAAAGGGAGGAGAGCUUGCUUAAUCCGGUUGUCUACGAGAAUACGUUGCCAUGGAAUCGGGAUCAAACGUAUUGCAUUUGUCCUGGUAUACCAGCUAACAACUUUCAGUCCGUCUGCUCAAAGCACGAGGACGAUUCUUGUAAAAAUCCAGUUUUGAGACGAGGACAACUGAUAACUGGUACCCUUCUGGUAUUCAGAGAUAAGAGAGGUGCGGAUAGUAAAGUUAAGAAACACGUUGUAGAAAAUCAUUUGAAGCAGCGUCUCGAAAAAAUGACAAAGGCCUGGUAUAAUACGGUUCUACAUAUACGCAGCAAGCGAGGGACUACGACUGCGAAUAUGAGCGCCGAAGAAGCACGUCCGUAUUGUGACGAAGCAUUCCUAAGUUGUGCGAGUGUGCAGGCUGCAAAGGAUCAGAUUGAUACGGACCUUGAGAAAACCCUAGAAGACUGUGCAUUUGACAUGGUGAUGACAGGGAAUUCAGAGUGGGUUACUGCUCAUUGCGAUGCACAGACACAGGCACUUCAAAUGGAAAUUCAGAAAAAUGAAACUAUAUUUGAAGUGUUUCCAGAAAUAGUCAAACUGGUGAAGGAUAAUUCUUGUCCGUCUAAUUGUAGCAGUAAUGGAAAAUGCAUUGAAGGUACAUGCCACUGCUUUGACGGUUAUGGUACGGACCUCUGCUUUAUUGAGCUCUCAAAACCACCUACGUUGCAAGAACUCGGAAACAAUGGGACCUGUGAUACCGGUAAAGGGGAUAUCUGUGACUGCAUUCCGAUAGUUGGUGACGGCUUUGUCGAGACCGCCAUUUGUAACGUGAUUAUAUAUGAGACAAAUGAAAAUAAUGUCUUCACACUAUCACAGUCGUUAAGCCUUGCAUGCGUAUACAACGACCUUAACGAAGUGUGCGCGCCUGUUCAGGAUGCCAAACGACGACGAAAGAGGUCGACACAAACAAUCAAUGCAACCAUGUAUCAGAUUUCAGUUAGUAAUGAUGCAGUGAACUUUUGCAGCCCUUCUAAAGUUGUUGUUUUGGAUGGCACCUGUCAAGACUUUUUUGAGGAUUCCGCUGGAAACACGGUCAUGAUUUUGAAACCUCGGUACUGUUAUAUCGAAGGAAGAUGUGUUGUGGAAGAGACGCCUGGAGAUGAUUCGUGUAUGGAAUGCAAGCCUGCGUCAUCUACAUUUGAAUGGACACACGUGUGCCAUGGAAGCAGUAAAAACGUGAAACGAAGCAUGCUAGGCAUCGCCAUUGGUAUAGCGGCCGGAGUAUUGGUGCUCGUUGGAGUAAUAAUUGUUUGUGUUCUGGUUGUGAAGAAACAAAAUACAAAUAGAACCGUUCAAGCAAGGAUUGAUGCCGGUCUUUAUGAGUCUACUCCUGCCAAGCUGCGUUUAGACCCUGGUAAGUUUUCAUCAAAGGUUGCACCCAUGCAUGUUGAAGGCGAUGGAUUCGUAUCUGAAUUGCCAGAAUCGUCAGAAAGACAACGGAGGAAUCGAAUCGGUCCUUCAAUGUCAAGCGACUGAAUGAACAGUAUCCGCCUUGUCGAACCCCAUUAGAGAAAGGUCACACACAGCUCAAACGAACACCAUGAUUGAACGACCAGUAACCGCUCUCCAUCGGAUUUCAUGAUUGAGAGAUAUGAAUCAUAACAAUAGAAGACCAAACCAUGCAAAUAAUAUAAAAACAACAGAAGGCACCACACGAACACUAUUACUAUCUCAAAUAUAGGAUACUUGGUUUGCAGACACAUUUAUUUUAAGUUACAACGGAAAAGUUCAAUAGAAAUCAUGUCUCGAACAGUUAAUAGUAUUAGCUAUUUUGUUAGUUGAUAGGUAUGAGUGUUUGUCUUAUAAUAAAUAAUCGCCUUUACUAAAAACAUUUACAAAUUAACACGUUCAUGCUGGUAAAAGUAGACAUGUAAAAUAGCAAUGACAUUGUUUAUUUGUAAUAUUAUUAGUGAGUUUUGUUUUGUUUUUUCUUUUCGUUUUGUAGAUGUGUUUUAGGUUUGUUUUUUUACAAUUGUAUUGUUGUUUUAUCUUUUUUUUUUAAUUUAACAUUUACUUCAAUAAAUAAUGCUUAAGUUCAAAUCAUGUUAAAACUGACUUAAUUAUGAACCUUGUAUAUCCGGAUUUGUCGUACAAGCAUGUACUUUAUGUUGCAAACGGUUCCGUAUUCAUUGAACAUUUACAUAAUGUAUAUAGUAGGUUUUGCUUUGUAACUCUCGUGUAUUGAAAUGCUGCUCACAUUUGAUAAAACAUGGUAAUUAUGAUGUGCAAUGUUAUAUCGCCCUCUUUUUAGACAAUAACAACAUGUAUUCCUGAUGACGGGAUAAACUACUCAUUGUCAUUUAAACGAAUCGAUUGUUUCUUUCGUGGAUAAAUCUCUUAAAAUGUGUUAUAUGUAAUCUAUAUGAAAAUACCGGUAUAUUUUGUUAUUAUUCAUCAUUAAUUUCAACGCUAGAUGUGCUCUGGUAACAUAGUUUAAAAAAGAUACAAAAUUUUCUUUUUGUUUUGUGUUAUGCUGGAUAAAAUAUUAAACACAUGCUCGUGUACCGAGUUAAUAUUGGUGUUUCGUAUGACUAGAUAUUAAAAUGGAAUAUAUUGUGACACACAAAAACGAGCAAUUUGAUCUCAUUGAAAAAUCUAUGUUACCAUACCACAUCUAGCGUUGAAAUGUUGGCUAUUGCAAUACGGAACACUGUUUUUUCAUUGGGUUAAUAUUCGUUGAUUUUGAGUAUUAAUGUUACUUUAAAUUUCAAUCAAUUAUAAUAAGUUAUAUUUCAUCUUUAUGAAGACACAGGUGUAUUUUGGAAAAAUUUAACAUUCUUUUAUUUUGUACAUGGGGCCAUUUUGUAUAUAGUUUUGUGUUGUUGACAAUAUGUGCACUUAUCACAUGUAGACUGUUGAGUGAAACACACCAUUUAUUAACAAUAACCUGUGUCCUGUGUUUGGUUUUUCGUGCACUUUCAAGUAAUAAGAAAUAAAGUCCUAACAUAUACAAAUGGGGUUGUCUUAAUUUCAUUCUUGUACCAUACGCACGCAGUUGUCGAUGCCUAGAUUCUAAUGAAUCGACACGUAGUUAUUAAUAAUACAACAAAAAAGCAAAGUAA